UACUCUUCUUCCGGUCGCCAUGUUAUUUCACAUUUCAUUUCUUCGCAACGCUUCCUACGCAGUGUGUUAUUUCUGAAGUGAAAUUAACUUCUAUCUUGAUUACUUGCUUUGUUUGUUGUAUUGAAGCAAGUGAAUAGUUAUUUUGUGAAUUAUUUGUGUGAUAAUAUCUCGACCAUCAUGAGUUACGGGAGACCACCGCCUCGUAUUGAUGGCAUGGUGUCGCUGAAAGUGGACAAUCUCACAUACCGAACGACGCCAGAAGAUUUGCGCAGAGUAUUCGAAAGAUGUGGCGAUGUUGGCGACAUAUACAUCCCAAGAGAUCGCUACACCAGAGAAAGCAGAGGUUUCGCUUUUGUAAGGUUCUUUGAUCGUCGGGACGCAGAGGAAGCGCUGGAUUCUCUAGACGGGCGCAUGUUGGAUGGCAGGGAGCUCCGCGUUCAGAUGGCCCGUUACGGACGCCCUUCAUCUCCAUACAGAAGUCGUUACGACCGUCGACGCAGCAAAUCCCGUGGUCGAUCCAGGUCGCGUUCUCGUUCCCGCCGCCGCUCGUACUCGCGCAGCCGCUCCAGGUCCCGCAGCCGCAGCCGCUCGGACUCCAAGAGCUCCCGGGGACGCUCCCGCAGCCGCAGCCAUUCUCGCUCCAGAUCCAGGCAUUGAUGUGCUAAGUUGAGACAGUACCUGUUGCAAGCUGAAGUGCUGUGCCUCUUGCCCCAGCAGCCUUCGGCUAAGGUACUAACCUCCACAUACUCGGCCAUCCCCAACCUUUACUAUGAUGACAUAGUAGCAAAACAUUCAAUGUAUCAAAUUAUUUCUUUAAGUCACUCACUGAAGGCUAAUUCAUUAUGAUUUUUAUUGUAUCCUUAAUUUUUUUUUUGUUUCCAAGAUGUAUAAUGUGUGAAUGCCAAGUUUGUACAAAUCUUUUGUGACUAGGAAAAAACUUUCUCUACAUUUUGUACAUUGUUUUUUGUUUGAAUCUGCUGAUUUUGUAUUACUGUGUUAAAAACUUAGGUCAUGUGGCAUGAAUUAAUGUAAUAAUUGCCCUGUUUUGGUUUUUUAUGUAAUUCCAUGUGACUUAUUUAGGUGUGUGACAGGUCCUUAGCUGUAUUUCAGGUUUAUAAAAAUAACAUUCUCAUGAAGAGUCUACCCAAAAGGAUUACUAUGGGCUAAUUGGGCAAUUAAUUGGGACAACCUGUUAUAUGUGGUAAAUACAUUUAUGAAACCCAAAUGAAAUUAGUAUUUUAAUUAAGAAUUUCAACCUUUUACGUGUACGAUGUUUAUUAGGUCAUCAUAAAAUUAAAAAUUUCUUAUUAUAAUUUUGUCAUUAGUUUAUCAAGCCUACAUGUAAUUUGUAUUUAGGAUAAUGCUUUCAAUAAAUGUUUAAGAUUUUAUUGUUAUAAUAUUAAUCAAAAUGUUAUGCUCAGGGCGUGUGGAGAGCGCGGGGAGCGAGGCGGUAUGCCGGGGGGGGGAGGGGUUUGCUGAUGCUGACAACUGCUGAAUUGCUGUUGUUGCCGUUCAUAAGUUAUGAGUAAAAUUUUAUAUUUAUUGACAAACCAAGACAUGCAUAAAUAAGUAGGUUUAAAAAGGUACAAUUCGCUAACAAAAUUAGUGACCAAAGUAAAUAACACAUUUUAAAUUGAAAUAUACAUUACACUUAAGAUUUAACUGUAAUUGGACGCGGCGAAGUGCCAAUAUUCUUUCAACACACAGUAGGUGGUAAUGGCGACAUCUCAGUUACUAAUACCAACAUUUGUUUGGCAGGCCGGUGCUGCCGCUGGCCUGUUGCUGUGGCAGUUUGCUGUGCUGAUCCCUGUGCUUUGCAGAUCACGUCUAGGUUUGUCUGUAAGCGGUUGACCCUCCCCGACCUCAAACGACGUAAAAGUACAUUUUCAGGGUAGCAAUCACGGAAGCGUUUUAGAUACUUUUCAAAUAUAUAGUUUAGCAGCGUAACUGAUUAAUUCCACGAAGAUUCGUCGUGAACACCUGGCACUGGAUUAUGUGUAGGUUUUAUUCUUAAUAAAUAAAUGUGACAAAAUAACAA